AUGCCCAGCCGGACCCCUGCGGCUCCUCAGCCUGGGCGGAAACAUGAAGACCUGGGUGCUGCUACCGCUGCUGCUGGGCGGCUGUUGGGUCUGGCAGGGAACGCUGAGAGCGAUCCACUCCCUCAGUCACUGAUUGACCUGGUGUCGGACUCUCCCAUCUCCUCAGUGGAGGACCUGAAGCUGCUGCUGCAGCAGCAGGGGUCCAACAUAAUAGAAGAUAAAGAGGACGAGCACGACAGUCCAAACCCAAUCCACGGUCGAUACAUUAGAAGUCCUGCCAAUGUGCAAGCUCAGAAGGCGGUAUGUAAACUCAGAACAGAGGUGCUGGAAAUACCAAGAUCCCUGGUGGAUCCUGCUAACGCCAACUUCAUGGUGUUGCCUCAGUGUGUGGAGGUGCAGCGAUGUUCAGGCUGCUGCAACUCCAGAUUGAUGGAGUGUGCUGCCACUUCUAACAUCACCCGAAACCUGGAGGUAAGAAAGAUUGAGUUCAGGAACAACAGAAGUUUUAUUAAACCCGUCGUCAUCCCAGUACUAGAUCACGUGACCUGUCAGAUGAAGAGGAAGAAAUCUAGCUCCAAAUCGGGUUCUUCUUCUUCUUCUACUUCUUCUUCUACUUCUUCGACAACGGACUCGCUACCAGACCCUGUUCCACCUGUCCCACAAAGAUAUCCUGCAUCCUCCCCAUCAAUGUUCCCAGCCCACAGCCCCUACCCACAUCCACCAAAAGAGGACCUCCACCGCCACGACGAUCUCAAGCACAACCAGCACCACCACCUUCCGCACAGGCAAGAUCCGUUGGAAAGUCAGUGGGAGCAGGGCAGCUACACUCAGCUGGCGCGCUGGCCGCAGCCCCGAGUGCAACAUGCCCCCACAUACGCACAGACCCGACUCACGACGGCCGGAUUUCUCGGCUCAGUCGGGACCUGGCCCCCUGGGGCGAGGGCAGAGCCCAGCAUUCUGGAAAGUCCGCAGCAAGACUCGGCGACGAGCCAAACGUAUGGAGAGGUCCAAGGAGACGGUCCAAAAGACGGGACCGAAAGGGAAGAAAGUGGGUCCACAGUUAGCGGUGGCUCAGGUCGGGCAGAGGCAGCCGAUCAAGAGAAGGAAAAUGACUCUAAAUUAAGUGGGGGGGCAGACCGUUUAACAAAGGAGGAGAGACGAAAGAGGCUACUGGAGAUGGUACAGAGUGAGCCGGACAAAGACCCUAAUCUGCAUCCUGACCAAAGACCAAAAACAGCAUCGUCCCCUGUGGAAACCGCGUCGACGGCGGCUCGUCAGGUACCGUUCCGACCCGCUUCUCCUCGCCGUAGAAAAAGAAAACACCGCAAACGUAUCAGCAAAUCUGCUAUGAGGGCUAUGAUCAUGUAGCGAUGAAGGAAGCGGCUCUGCAGAAUAAAAGAUUGUGUAGAUGAGCGAUGCGUUUCCUGAAGCUGGAUGUUCAGACCUGUUCUUUUACGUUCUCGGCUUGGCAGAGAGUCACCUUUCCAGCUAUGGAGAUGCUACAAACUAUCCGUUAGUCUGGAUUUAACAAGUGCAAUCUCGUGAACUCCUCAACUCAGAGAGGCUUUGACACACUAAACACUGGAUCUCAACUUGUGUCGUCUCAAACGCACAAAUGGGGGGCGUGCUGUGGUGGCGUAAGGGAGAGCGCGACCCACAUUUGGAGGCCUUGAGUCCUCGACGCGGCCGUCGCGGGUUCGACGAUAUUUGCCGCGCGUCUUCCCCCCACUUCUUACCCCUUUCCUGUCAGCCUACUGUCAAAUAAGGGACACUAGAGCCCUCAAAAAGCCCCCUGGAGGGGAAUAAAAAAAACAACAAAAAAACGACAAAAAAAAAGCACAAAUGGAUUAACUAAAUGAGGAUUUAUCUGUACAGUGCUUCAGGAAUGCAGGACAAGAGGCAACCAUUGACUGGCUACUUUCAACAAGUUGCUUAAUAGAUGGAUAUUGAAUUGCUGAUUUGGGGCUAAACAUGGAGUUUGAAAUAAUAAUAAAUAAAAGCGAGAAGAACUGGAUUUCUACACUGGGAAGACUGGAAACUGUAGCCUACAGCCUUGGCCUCAAUGCCAAAAAAAUACUGUUAUCCUGAAAUGUUUGAGUCUAACAUCAUGUAACACUGUGAAUCAAUAGUAAUAACACACUGAUCAUACUACACCGACUUUAGAGUCUAUGUACUGUAGCUAAUUGUACAGCAAAGUAUCAGUAACCUGCUCAAUCAUUACUGCUGUCUAAUAAAGUAAUCAGAACAACAACUAAACGCCUGCUUUGACAAAAUGCUAUAGAUAUCCACAAGUCCUAAAGACAUGGCUUUUAGAGGCUGUUGUGCACCAGUUAUAUAGAUAAUGCUACAUUGUAAGAAAAAAAAGGCUUUUAAGAAAAUUAUUUCCUGGUGAAAGAGAAAAAAAAAGUAUUUCUUAACUUAUUGAAGAGGAGGAUAUGAAGUCGUUUGAUUCUCAAGUGUAAUUAUUGCCACAGACAUGUAAUAUUUGAUUGUACUGUAAUGAAUGUUAUUUUUCAUAAAAGAAUAAUAAUAAAAUGAUCAAGAAAAAUC